UACAUGUGUACUCCUGCGGUCUCCUCCAGUGGGAACUGUCGGUCUCCAUGGCAUCUCCUUGGAGACUCUGACGUCAAUGGCCUGGAAUAUUCUCAGAUCCAGUUCCAGAAGCUCAGUUCCUUUGAAGUUGAAGGAGAAGCAAAGUGUUUUGCUGGAAGAGAACCAUCGCGUGCCUUCCACUGUGUUGCAGAACCAUCGCGAGCCCGUGUUGCAGAACCAUCACGAGCCAUCCACUGUGUUGCAGAACCAUCGCCAGCCAUCCACUGUGUUGCAGAACCAUUGCCAGCCAUCCACUGUGUUGCAGAACCAUCGCGAGCCUUCCACUGUGUUGCAGAACCAUCGCGAGCCAUCCACUGUGUUGCAGAACCAUCGCGAGCCAUCCACUGUGUUGCAGAACCUUUCCAGCAGAGCAGCGCGAGCAUUCUCCAGGCAUGGAAGGAUAGAGCUGGAUCAUCCGACACUGUGCAGGCUGCAGGAGCUAUUGUAAGCUUGUUUCUGCAUGUUUUGUUGCAGCUAUAUAUAGAUUAGAUUGUUUACUCUGGUUUUCGAGCGUAUUGGUUUUACGCACUCUUUGUUAGCAUGGAAGGUUUCUGGUUGGUGAUUUUUUGCUCUUAUAUUCCUUAUUUUAAGUGUGGCCCCUUCUUGGCUGUGAGGUGUGUAGGUCAUGCAGCUUAAUAGAUACAUACUUGCCAGCAAAGCGCACGGUAAAUGCAUGUAUGCAUGGCUAAACUCGUGUCGGCAACGCUUUUAUGUACUGUUAGUAUACGCGUGGCUAAGAGUCUAUUACCUGCAUGGCCUUGACCCUUUGGUGGUGGGGGGGGGGGUGUCCGUAGCACUCAAGUAAUCAAUCAGAAUGUGUGUGGAAGGUUCUUCAACAGUCGGGUCGCAGGACAGCAUCUUCUUGUUUCUGAAACCGUUGUCGAAUCAGCCUUCGGGGUGCAACGAUGGAUCACUCAUGGCAUUCCAGUCUAUUAGAGGGAGCACUCUGCUGUUAGUACCUGCCUAAAGGGAAAGCAGCACAGGAUCCUGCCAUAAUUGGGAGUGUUAAGAUCUCGUUAUCAGUUCCAAUAGUUAGUUUAAUAGCUAGGAUCAUUAGAAAUAGCUAGCUAUAAUAUAGUUAGACAACUGCUGCUUCUUGGCUUAUGCUAAUCUAUUUAUGACGGCUUUUUUAGAAUCUUAACUCUGUGCCUACUGCACAUGGAAUUGGUAAGUUCAGGCUUUAACUAAACCCUAGGUGUGCCAAGGGAACUGUAGCCUUUGACUGGAUUAGUGAAGAGUAGUCCUGAGCACUUGUGCAAGCCUUGCAUGCCAGGCUUAUUGCAACUGGAGUCGACAAGGGCUUCAAGAGCAAGGAGGUGUUGUCUCUGCGAGUCUACUGUUGUUGAACCAUCCCACACAUUCUGGUUGAUUACUUCUGUGCUCAGUUAAUGGUACUCACAGUCACAGGGUCCCUUUAGUUUAUUAUGCCCUUAUUGUAUUAGUCCCUUGAGCAAGGAAACUACUGGUGAUAAUGUUCUCAAUGGUGGUGGUGAUGUUGUCAGUUCUGGUGGUAAUUGGUUGGUAUUAUUUGUGUUUUACGGUUGUGGAGAUUUGUUGAUGAUCGGUUUUGUUUGAACUGCUGCGCUCAAUGUAACCAUGCAUUUGCUUGUUCUCUUACAGCCUCAAUGCACACACAGCUCCUCCUACUAGCUACUGUACCAGUGUUCCAUUCUCUCACUGCUUUUGUCUCCUCUCUCCCCCAGGUACAGACAAGCCAUGCUGCUCUGGGAGGAUUACAGACCAGAUCUUCAAUGACUGCAUGUUCUUUGUAUUAUUGCAGGCCUUGACUGUACGCCCCCGCAUCUCCUGUCUUAGAGGAGGGGCUCAGAUUCACCGCCCACUACUAUCAUUGCUAUAGUCAUUAUUGUCUCCAUUAUGGUUUAUGUGGUGUGGUAUAUAUACAUAGGGUGUAGGUGGAUUGUCACUGCAUGGAGAAAAGAUAAGUAAUAUGCUAGUUGUAUAGUAUAACUUUCAUGCGGCUUGUGUGUAGGUUGAUGUUGCCUGCACAGAAGAAGAUAAGUAGAUAUAAUUUGAUCAGCUAGUACAGUAUGUCGUGCUCUGUGUAGUGUGUGAGGAGCCACUGUAACAGCGUACACACAGAUGAGCAGCUAGCUAUGUUGUGUGGCAAGUCUUUCGUGCUCUCUGUGUAGGUUGAUUGCGUGUGGAGGAGCCACUGUAACAGCAUACACACAGAUGAGUAGCUAUAGCUAUGUUGUGUGGCAAGUCUUUCAUGCUCCCAAUGUAAGUUGGUUGCUGAGAAUGCACAAGGCAAUGUUGGACAGAUCACAAAACAGUUAACUUGGUGCAUAGCAAUGAUCCUUAUAACAAUAAUCUUAUACGUCUCAAUGAUUUAUUUUUUAUAAAUUUUCAUAUUCUAAUUACGUGCUAUUAAUUAUUAAUCUUGUCUUAA